AUGGAGGAAGAAGUUAUGGAGCCGCAGCCUGCCCCUAAACGCCGUCGCCACUAUUCAUUAAAUGAAAAGGUCAAACUGCUCACAGAUUUUAGACUCCUCCAGGCAAAUAAUGAAAAUGUUUCAGCUUCUGCAUUUGCAAAAGACAACAACUUAUCACGGUAUACGUUCUUUGGUUGGUUAAACGAUGAGGGGGUUAUCCUCCAGCAUCGAGAGGACUCAAAGAGAAGAGGAACUGAGCAAGCGUGCUUUGAGAGAGGAAUAGGACUAUUUCCGGAGAUGGAAAGAAAUUUGUACGACUGGUUUAUGAUGCAACGUGGUCUAGGUAUGCCCAUCGCAGGACGACAGAUAUCCCACGAGGCAUUACGGUUGUACACAGAUUGGUGGGAUGACCUUGGGAUGGACCGUCAAGCGGUUAUUUUGCGUGAGCAGCCGACACUUUCCGUUUUCACCGCAUCUAACGGAUGGCGUUUAGGUUUCCUUAAAAGACACGGCAUUACAUGCCGACGGAAAACCAAGGAUGACAAGCAACUUCCGGAACAUGCUGAUGAGGUGGUGACCAACUUUAGGAAUGCAUUUCAUAACACAGUUCGAGAUACCGCACCAUCUUUCAUUGCAAACCUAGACGAGACAUUCGCUCUUUUCGACGCAUUGCCGAAUUACACAUACGAUACAAAAGGCAAUCGCCAAGUUAACAUAAAGUCAUCGCGUGGGAAUACACGCCUUGGAUGUAGCGUAACCCUUGGCAUAACCAGCAACGGAAGGAAGAUGCCAUGCCACAUUACCUUUAAAACACCAACAAUUGCUGCAAGGGAAGAGUUAAGAGCUAAUCCACCGCCAAAUGUCCAUAUCGCUCACACCGAAACUGGUUGGGUCAGGACUCAAGUCUUGCUGGAUCUCAUCGAGGAGAUUGUAAUACCAUUUGUUGGGGCUGACGUACCGUAUAUCCAUCUGUGGGACAGGGCACGCGUACACCUGAAUGAUGAUGUCGCCAUGCGAGUGGUUGAGAUAGGUGGUAUCAUUGAACUGAUACCUCCCAAAUGUACUCCGCUUUUACAGCCUCUCGAUUUGACUGUCAUGGGAAGUUUUAAAAGUAAGCUCCGUUCCAAUUGGCGCGCAUGGAAGGAGGCGCACACCGUUGAUGGACAGUGCCCGCCCAUUUGCCACCUUGAUGUUGCACGAUUGAUUGGGGCAGCAUGGGAUGAAGUUCCCCCGAAUGUCGUAAUCAGCGGAUUUCGCGCCGCCGGUAUAUUGGGUGAUGGCAAUGAUGAAGAUGGCGAUGGUAACGGAGGACAUGAAGUAGAAGCCAACGAUGACGAGGAGGGUGAUGGGCUUGAAUAUCUUCCAGUGAUGGAGCAAGAUCAGUGA